UUUGCGCUUAGAACAUUUUUGAACAGUAAACAUUUGAGUUUCUUAUGCAAUACCCUGUUCUUUUCACAUUUUCCGUGAGCAGCUGCAUCCUCUCAAAAACUUUCUUCGCCAUUCUAAGCCGAUUGUCUUUUUCAGUCUGGUGCUACUUAAAACAGGUAUAUUUCUGAACAAUGGGAGACUGGACUUUCCUUGGAAGACUGCUGGACAAAGUUCAGACGCACUCUACAGUGGUCGGGAAAAUCUGGCUCACUGUGUUAUUUAUCUUCAGGAUCCUAUUGCUUGGGGCUGCUGCUGAGAGAGUUUGGGGAGAUGAACAGUCCGGCUUCAUAUGCAACACAAGACAGCCUGGUUGUGAAAAUGUCUGCUAUGACAAAGCUUUUCCCAUUUCCCACAUUCGCUUUUGGGUUCUUCAGAUCAUAUUCGUUUCAACGCCGACCUUGUUAUAUCUUGGACACGUGUUACAUGUUAUCCACUUAGAGAGAAAAACAUGCAAAUUAGCUGACGAAUCUGCAGGCAUCUUCAGAAAAGUUAAGACAUCAAAGUACAUUAUAAAUCAAGGAAAAGUAAAAAUACAAGGAAUCCUACUGUUCACCUACAUAUUACAUGUUUUGUGUAAAAUAUUGUUUGAAAUCGGUUUCAUUGUAGGUCAGUGGUAUCUCUAUGGAUUCUCCUUGGGUCCCAGAUACACGUGCAAUAGAGAUCCUUGUCCUCAUGUGGUAGACUGUUUCAUUUCACGUCCAACAGAGAAGACCAUUUUCAUCCUUUUCAUGCUGGCUGUGGCUUGUCUGUCCCUGCUUCUAAAUAUAAUUGAAAUAGUUUACCUUGUUUUCAAGCAAAUAACCAUUUCAACACAAAAGAGGCAUCUAAAACACCUCCAUCCCCGGUUUGUUGUUGAAUCUCUUGAUAAAACAACGUUCUCUGCAGACGUAGCUGUACCCGAUUCUAAACUGAAGCUUUAUGGUUCCGAAGCAAGCAGUAGCCAGGAUCCCAAGUCUCAGAAUACCAUUAAUUAUGGGAUUGAAAAGUGUGGUAACGAAAAUAAAGAGAGCAUAGGAAAACAAAGUGAGCAAUAAAUUAUCUGCCUUUAAUCCAGGGAGUAGGUAGCUGAAUUAGCACCAAUUACUCAUUUGGAAAGGUAACAAUAGGUGCAAUCUUGUAAAAGGCAUCUCAGCAAUGUAAAAUGACUUAGAUUAGAUCAAAAUCAGAAUCAGAAUCAGGUUUAAUAUCACUGGCAUACGUUGUAAAAUUUGGUAACUUUGAGACAGCGGUACAUGCAAUAUAUGACAGCUAUAGAAAAAACUAAAUUACCAUAUAUAUAUAUAUAUGUAUAUUAACUAGUUAAAUUAAAAUAAGUAGUGUGAAAACAGAUUGGAUUAGAUUAGCUUCUUUGACCAUGUACAUUGAAACAUCAAAACAUACGGUGAACUGCGUUGUUUGCAUCAUUGUUUUGCAAUGUGCUGGGGAUAGCCCACAAGUGGAGGCAACAAAGCAUGGCCACACUUUACCAUCCCUAAGCGAUAUGUCAUUUUGGAAUGUGGGAGGAAGCCUGAGCCCCUGGAGGAGAGCCAUGCUGUCACAAGGAGAAUACAUGGACUUCUUACAGAGAGCGGCAGGAACUGAACCUUGGUUAUCUGAUAGCUGGUGCUGGGAAGCGUUACACUAACCACAAAGCUACUGUCCUGCCUUCAUUAUAAUUAUAUCAAGUAGUUUAGUCUGCCACAACAAAUAUGCCAGAGUGCUCUAUCAAUGUCUUCAGGAGAUGACUGAUCCAGAAUGCACAGUAGCUCGAUUUCUAUUAAGGUCCCUGAUGUUAUCAUAUCCAUGCUAGUAAUUUGAGGUGUAGAUUUGUGCUAAAAUCAUUCCAGCUUACUUGUGUUCAAAUGGUGAUGAGCAUGAGAACAAUCUUAAAACUGCUGUUUGACCAAGCUAAAAGUGUACGAUUACCAUUAUGUAAAGGGAUAUUAUUGAUGACUUAUAGAGGUGUCUACCUUGAGGUUUACCAUCUGAGUGUGUUAGAACCACUUGGCCAGAUCAUUCCGUUGCUCUCCUACCUACCUUGCAUAGCCACCCAGCUCCCAUUGAUUUGAAGCCUUGGUUCCCUGAGCAUACAGUGAGUGGAUUGGACCGCCUCUCCACUCAUUGUGGUGACAAGGUGAUAGACCAGGGGUUCCCAGACUGGGGUCCAUGGACCCCUUGUUUAAUGGUAGGGGUCCAUGGUAUAAAUAAGGUUGAGAACCCCUCAUCUAGACAACCAGUCCCCCUGCUUGACACAGCUAACUUGUGCUGCUGAAGGUCUGUUUUACUGUUUUUUUUAUCAUCUCUGAUUUUAAAUUGAUUUUUAUAAUAUAAAAGCUAAAUACUAUUAAAAAUAAAUGUAAACACUAUAUAUAUUUAAAAUGUAUUAACUAUUGUUAAUUAAUUAAAAUCAUAGACAUAAAAAUAAUGCUUGUCUAACCUUGUGAUAGGCAAAAGGGGAUACGAGAGGAUCAUGGGACAGGAGGUCCGGGAAGAAAGACGGGAGGGGGGUGACCCAGAGGAUGGGCAAGAGGUAUAUUCAGAGGGACAGAGGGAGAAAAAGGAGAGUGAGAGAAAGAAUGUGUGCAUAAAAAUGAGUAACAGAUGGGGUACGAGUGGGAGGUGGGGCCUAGCGGAAGUUAGAGAAGUCAAUGUUCAUGCCAUCAGGUUGGAGGCUACCCAGACGGAAUAUAAGGUGUUGUUCCUCCAACCUGAGUGUGGCUUCAUCUUUACAGUAGAGGAGGCCGUGGAUAGACAUGUCAGAAUGGGAAUGGGAUGUGGAAUUAAAAUGUGUGGCCACUGGGAGAUCCUGCUUUCUCUGGCGGACAUUUAGAUAGAUUCGUUAUUAUACUAGCUAUUAGUUUGCCAUAAAUUCUUUGCAAAUAUGAUUUAAUUCAGUUCAAUUCAAUUCAAGUUCAAAUGUCAUUCAACCAUAAGACCAUAAGACAAAGGAGCAGAAGUCAGCCAUUCGGCCCAUCGAGUCUGCUCCGCCAUUUUAUUAUGAGCUGAUCCAUUCUCCCAUUUAAUCCCACUCCCCCGCCUUCUCACCAUAGCCUUUGAUGCCCUGGCUACUCAGAUACCUAUCAAUCUCUGCCUUAAAUACACCCAAUGACUUGGCCUCCACUGCCGUCCAUGGCAACAAAUUCCAUAGAUUCAUCACCCUCUGGCUAAAAAAAUUCCUUUGCAUCUCUGUUCUGAAUGGGCGCUCUUCAAUCCUUAAGUCAUGCCCUCUUGUACUAGACUCCCCCAUCAUGGGAAACAACUUUGCCACAUCCACUCUGUCCAUGCCUUUCAACAUUCGAAAUGUUUCUAUGAAGUCCCCUGUCAUUCUUCUAAGCUUCAAGGAAUACAGUCCAAGAACGGACAAACGUUCCUCAUAGUUUAACCCUCUCAUUCCCGGAAUCAUUCUAGUGAAUCUUUUCUGUACCCUCUCCAACGUCAGCACAUCCUUUCUUAAAUAAGGAGACCAAAACUGCCCACAGUACUCCAAGUGAGGUCUUACCAGUUCUUUAUAGAGCCUCAACAUCAUAUCCUUGCUCUUAUACUCUAUUUCUCUAGAAAUGAAUGCCAACAUUGCAUUCGCCUUCUUCACUACUGACUCAACCUGGAGGUUAACCUAAAGGGUAUCCUGCACGAGGACUCCCAAGUCCCGUUGCAUCUCAGAACUUUGAAUUCUCUCCCUAUUUAAAUAAUAGUCUGCCAUUUAUUUCUUCUGCCAAAGUGCAUAAUCAUACACUUUCCAGCAUUGUAUUUCAUUUGCCACUUCUUUGCCCAUUCUUCCAAUCUAUCCAAGUCUCUCUGCAGACUCUCCGUUUCCUCAGCACUACCGGCCCCUCCGCCUAUCUUCGUAUCGUCAGCAAACUUAGCCACAAAGCCAUCUAUUCCAUAAUCCAAAUCUUUGAUGUACAAUGUAGUGGAUGAGAACUUGAAACAGGGAGGAACACGAGAAAGGAAAUAGCUUGCAAUGGAAAUAGCUUGCAAAGGAAAUAGGUUUAGUUUAUCUUUAUUUGAAUGUUGUUUACAAAUGAUGGAUUAAUAUCUUUUCAAAAGGCAAUAGUUGUUAGUGUGGAUCAAUAAAAAUCAUGUUAUAUAUCUACAGCGCCGAGACACAAUCGUCUUGCUAACUAGGUAGUAAUAAGGCACCAUAUUUACAUCAUCAGGAUUUCAGUUAUAGCCAGGAAGAUCUACAUUCAGCCCGCAUUUGAGCUGCAUCUGGGCCAUACCCUCCAAAUAUCGGACCUGCCUCUCGGUUUUGUUUUGCACUACCUUACUUUCCCUUUUCUAUUUUCUAUUUAUGAUUUAUAAUUUAAAUUUUACAUAUUUACUACCGAAUUGUAAUCCAGGGAGUGUGAAGCACAGAAUCAAAUGUCGCUGUGAUGAUUGUACGCUCUAGUGUCAAUUGUUUGGCGACAAUAAAGUAUAAAGUAUUUUCACUGCAUUUCCUUGGAGAUG